GUGUUCCGUUCGAGUGUUCCAACGCCGGCCGCCGCUGACCACCUGUUCGAGUGUUCCGAUUAUCAGAAUGUCCACAAAUAUGGAUAAUGUUGAAGGGAAUGUCCCUAUUGAGGAGCAUGAAUCUGACAAUGAAAAAUCCAAACCCAAGAGGAAGAGAAUGAAGGAUCGUUCCGAGGUUUGGGAGCACUUUAUCAAGGAAGAAACACACACUGGAAUGGAAUCACGUUGCAAGUACUGUGGUAUAAGAUACAAGUGUGGUACAAAGAGAAAUGGCACUAGUCCAUUGUGGGCUCAUAUAAAUAGAUGCCUAGCCUCUGAGAGUGCAUUCAGCACUGGUGGUAGGGUUCUAGACCCAUUUAGGAGCUCCUUAACUCCAAGGGUCGUUGAAGGACUUGUUUGUGCUCAAAAUUGGCUACGUUCUUCUCCCUUUCCUAAUAUAGAAGAGUGUUUACAAGAAGUUGAAGAUCUUGAAGAAGACUUGAGGAAUAUGACAAUUGGUGGUCAAAACCCGGACUUGGUUGAGCUUGAUUGAGAGUUAGCUGCCAAGAAUGAAGCUGCCCUAUUGAUUGAAGACUUGAAGUUUCUGCCAAGAGCCUAAGAAUGAAGCUGCCCUGUUGGUUGAACUAGUUCAUUUGUGGGCUGUUUGUCUGUUUUAUUAUCAAUUCAUCAUGUGGACUGUUUUGAUAAUUUUAAGACUUGUUAAGUUCUUAUGUCUCAAUGUGGACAAUGUGUAAGUGUAUUUAAUUACUAUGGCAGUAUGGCUGGACAAUUUAGUUACUAUGGCAGUAUGGCAUAUGGUUGUGACUUGUGAAA